AUGUCUCUGGGGACAACAUCAGGCCCGACGACAUUCAUACCAGUACAAGUAGCACCCGACCAUUCUCCUGCAGCUGGCCCAGCUUCCGGUCAGCAGCAGCCACAGGAUGCCACCCCGCAACACAAACGGGUCUACCAGGCAUGCAUUGUAGGUCAAUUGUCAUUCCCUCUCCAUCACAACCCACAACCCAGCUUUGGAUAGCAAAGGCAAAGGCAAAAGACUAACACAAUGCCCUCACUUAGCCAUGUCGCCGCAGAAAGGUCAAGUGUGAUAUGGGAAGUGUAGACAAUCCCCACGAUCCCCCGUGUGUACGAUGUCGACGAGAGAGCAAAGAAUGCUUCUUUUCUGCAACACGGCGCAAGCGAAAGACCGACGACGGUCGAGAGGAUAGCGCAGAAGGUUAUGAAUAUGGCGACGACUACACAAUCCGCAAUGGCAGAAAAAUGGUACAUACCUCUCCUCCGGCUCCGGCGCGACAAAAUUCCAUGGGAGCUCCUCCAUCACGCUCGGGACCUGCUCCAUGGCCAGAUAAUGCGCCAAUCAACCCAGGACCUCCGUUGACUCCAGGAGGCUCCAUCGGACGAUCGCAGCCAUUGCGCAGACCACACAGCAACCAUGACAUACGCAGAGAUGAUACUGGCAACACUAUAGCCAGAGAUGACAAUAAUCGAAACCCAAGCGACGAGUCCAAUCCGCAGCUGGAGAACCUCGAAGCUCAAGAGGUGAUGCGGCGGGAGGUAUAUGGCCCUCAUGAUGCCUUAGACUUGUUGUAUAAAGCAGCCAAUUACAGGCAAGCCAAUUCUCACAUUUUGCAGGAACCACUGCUAACAGAUCAUAAAGCCCGGGUCAUGCACGCGGCAUAUCUCAAGGGGGAAGCGGCGGUUUAAUGUCUCCAGUGCAUGCAAACAGUUUACCUAGGAAUUUACAGCAAUCUUCACCACCUCGGCCUCGGAACCUGUCCUUGCCUGUUACUCCGAUUAAUAAAGAUCCUACCAUUGACCCAGCAUUAGCUAAUGCUGGUCCAAAUGGGGAAAACCUGACGGAUGACGCUGAGUACAAGAGUGCUAUCAAAGCUUGGUCGAGAUUCCGAUUUGUUCGAGCGGGAUGGUUCACACCGGCAGAGGCCAUCGAAUACAUCUCAUAGCAUGUUUUCUGCCCAGAUUCUCCUGGAUUUUACUGACAGACUACCUAGCUAUUACGAAUAUCUUUCGCCCCUAACUCCUAUUUCCCCUCCCACAUUCAAAGAUCCUUCUACCCAUCUUACUCUUCUGACGGAAGAACCGAUUCUUACCGUCACACUCUUGACAAUAUCUACGAGAUAUCGACAAAUGGAAGGAGCUGGAGGUCAUUGUCGAUCUCACGCCAUACAUGAACAACUCUGGACCUAUCUCCGUGGAAUGAUUGAAAGAUGUUUGUGGGGUCAGGAAGCAUUCGGAGGUGGGUUUUGUGGAUCUGGAGCAGAAUCUGGACCACAAACUUCGAGCACCGCUCCGUGGCGAGGCUUGCGAAAGGGAAGCUUGCGGACUUUGGGCACGAUCGAAAGUCUCAUGAUUCUGACGGAAUGGCAUCCUCGUGCUCUUCAUUUUCCUCCAGCUGAGGCAACGGAUGAACUAAUGCUCCCCUCCUACGAAGCACCAGAAACGACCAGCAGUGAGGAUGGUCAUCAACUUCCAACUGGACUGAAAACAAUUGAUAGCUGGCUAGAACCUGCGUGGAGAAGUGACCGAAUGUGUUGGAUGCUUCUAAGCACAGCAAUGGGCCUUGCGUAUGAGUUGGGUGUUUUUGAUAACAUUGACGAGCUACUAGCAGCUGGAGGCGAAAUGACAAGACCUGAGUACGAGGAUGAAGCUUACCGAUUGAGAGCCGCAAGAAUCAAGAGACUUCUCCUGAUAUAUGUCACUCAAUUGGCCGGCCGCCUUGGAUGGACGAAUAUGGUUCCUGAAAAUCUUCGUGAUACGGACCCUGUUUUUGCACCCCGUAAGCGAAGAUUCUCAGCCGAGAGCAAAACUCCUGAAACAACAACCUCCAUAACCAAUACCUUCAACUAUAUUCCUGAUUUGGAACUUGACGACCAAAUCAUCCAUUGCUGGGCAGGUAUUUGCAAUGCAAUGCGACUUGGAAAUGAAAAACUCUUCCGAUCAAGGCAAUAUACCACAAGCAUCAUUCAAAAUGGAAGUUAUGUUACGCUUCUUAAAGAGUUCCAACCGUUACUUGCGAAUUGGAGAACAGAAUUCGACCGUUUCCGGCUACCGCAAUAUAUCCGACAUAUUCUUUCAAUUGAGUAUGAGUACGUCAGAGUAUACGUUAAUUCGUUGUCUCUUCAAGCCGUUGUUGAACGAUGCACUAGCAAUGCUACUCAUCCCAACAACCUGGGCCAGGCUAACAAUGGAAGCGCAGCAGCGAGUGCGCCUUUAUCACCCGAAACGCAAAGCUAUUAUGGAAAGUUACCACUUGCAAGACUCGGUGGUUUUGGUGCUGAUGACCAAGGCUAUGUCCGUGAAGUUGUUGAUGGAAGCCGUAAUCUUCUACGUACGGUUGUCUAUGGACUCCUUCCUGAUGAUUACCUUAAACAUGCACCUGUACGAACUUACUUCCGCAUUAUAAGCGGUGCUAUGUUCUUGCUAAAGACCUUUGCAUUAGGUGCAUCAAAACGAGAUGUUGAGAUAAGUAUUGACUUGAUGGAUCAUGCAGUAAACGCCUUGAAAGGUUGUGUGGUCGAUGACGUUCAUUUGGGAAUUAGGUUUGCAGAUCUCUUGCAAACAUUGACAUCGAGACUUCGCACUCGGUUUAUCAGUGCCCCGAAAAACUCAGCUCCCACAACUGGGGAUGAGAAGGAAACGCGCAGUCCAGUCAUGCAUCAACAAGAACCAGAUGCGAAGAGGAUCAAAACAAACCACUCAGAGCAAAUCCGAGACUGGAAUGCCGACACUCCUGCUUUUAGUGGCAACAUGCCAAAUGGUACAAUACCCCUUUACAUACGCUUUAAUUGAGACCUCGCUAAUCAUCAACUUUAGACCUUAACAUUUCAGCAACACCAUUCAAUCCGGGACCGUUCUUCGGUGCAAGUACCCCCUACAGCCAAGCAGGAUCUGCUUAUGGCGGCACAAAUGCGCACCCAGACUUGUCGGAUGUAUUUGGUGGCACCGGUGAUUGGAAUGCCAGUAACACUGAAUUCUGGUAUCUUCCUCCCGGCGCAGCUUUCUUCCAAAAUGGGAACGAUCAAGUCACCCAGACGGCCGAUGGGGUCAACGUCGGAGGACUAGAUUUACUUGAUUAUAUGACUCUUGAUAAUGGACAAGGUCUUCAUGAUUUUCAACAAUGA